AUGGUUACUUAUAACGACAACUCCUCUGCUGGAAAUUCAUCUCUAACCUCUUUGGACUCCAGAAGUCUGAUUCCUGCAACAGUGCUGUCCAUCUGCUUCUUGCUGGGAUUCCUUGGAAACAUUGCUGUGAUGAUUCUCAAGCCAAACUGGGAGAACAUGUCCAGUCUGAGCCAGAGUUUAAUGCUGAACCUGGCUGUGUCAGACCUGCUCUGCAUGCUUACCAUUCCAGUGUGGACAUACUCGUAUCUCAAUAGUUGGACCUUUGGGGUUGAGGUCUGCAAGCUGGUAACAUACCUUGGCUACUGCAGUGUUUAUGGUAGCCUACUGACUGUGACUGCAAUGAGCAUCCAGCGUUACCUUCAGGUGGUGCACUUUGAGAGGAGGUUACAUGAAGUUGAAGCAUGGCAGCUGCUGGUUCCGCUCUGGCUGGUUUCAACGAUCCUGUCCAUCCCUGUUUUAGUGGUUCGAAACCUGGACGACGAUCAGCACUGGAUACGCUGCAAAGCUCACUACUCCUCUGAGGGCCAGAGGAUUGCUAUGGUGUUCACAGGAUUCCUGACAGGAUUUGUGGCAUUUUUUGUCAUAGCUUUUUCAUACAUCAGUCUCUACAGAAAGGUGAAUCGGGCAGCCUUUUUCAACAAUCCACAGACCAACAGACUGAUUAUCAGCAUCGUUGUGACUGUAUUGGCCCUGUGGGUGCCAUGUCUUGUCAUGAAUAUUGUGGAGAUAGCAGCUGUUUCCCUACAUAACAAUCCCGUGAUGAAGUUUUGUGAGGACACCUGGAAUGCUUUUGCCUCUUUCAACAUGGAGACCUACGAUUUGGUUCAUGUGGGAUACCUCUGA